UGGUCUUCCGUCUUUGUAGUUUAUGGUCUAUUUCUUAACCUAAAAUAAAAAAUUAAAUUGAAUAUAAUAUCCAAUAUCGUCCUGUUUUAAAUUUAAAAAAAGCAAGAAAUUCUUUGGAAAUUACAAGAUGAGCGAGCUACCUGACUUUUCAUCGAGCAGCAAACCAGGAGACUCUGAAUUGCAGGAUUUUCUCUUAGUAGAAAAACAAAAGGCUCAAUUUCAUGCCCAAAUUCAUGAAUUCAAUGACUUCUGCUGGGACAAAUGUGUAGAUAAGCCGGGUGUGAAGCUUGACUCCAGAACUGAAACAUGCAUUUCCAACUGUGUAGAACGAUUUAUUGAUGUGUCAUUAUUAAUCACUAAUAGAUUUGCACAAAUGCUUGAGAAGGGAGGAGGCAUGCAUUGAAGCUUUUACCUAUAAUUUUAUUUAGUAAAGUAUGGUGUACCGAAAGCUAAGCAAAGUUUUGUGCAGAAUUCAACAAUCAUUACUAUCUUGUUGGUAAAUUAAGUAGUUAGUUCAUUUUGACAGACCCAUUUAUCAUACUGGAAUUUCAUUUAAUUUAUGUCAAUGUUUAGGUGAGUUUAUUACAAACUAUAGUGGUAAGUAUAAUAAAAUAUAUACUUACUAUAAACAAUAUUGCUAUUUGUUGUAAAAAUACUCCAAUCAAAAAAUGUGAUCCAUUUAGUAAAUUAUUUAAAUGUCUACUAACUUAUGGCCACACUAUUUCCUCAUACAAAAGAUUUAAAAAAUCCCAUGAGAACUUUGAUUUUCCAGGAUAAAAAGUACCUAGCCUGUCAUUUGUAUCUUUAACACCCUUUUAGAGAUGGAUAUUGGAUAGUAUCAGAAAAGCAGUGUAUUAUUGCAUUUUUUUUAUUUAAAAGAUAAAUAUUAAAUAAAACUCAUUGUUGUAUA